ACACUGUGUACAGUGGCUGUGUAUUUUUAUCUUUUAUUUUAUUAUUGUGAUAAUUUAUUUUUACACGAUGAAAAAAGGGUAUAAAGUGACAGACGUUAAAAGGGAGAAAAAGAUUGGAGUCGCUGCGGAGAACUUAAAAGAGUUAAUAGAGAAAUCAUGUCAAAAACUAAGUUUCAAUGUCAGCUGCGCGGAGUGUCGCCUUUUUGUGGCCGAGGACGGGACGCAGGUGGACGACGACGAUUAUCUUGCGACCCUACCACCUCAGACUUUAUUCAUUUUGUUGACCAAGAAACAAAAAAUGGUAACUGAUUUUGACUUCUACUACAAUUUAAUAAGGUCAUCAAAAAAGGAUUACAUUGAUACUGGUAUUGCCGCUAAAGAAUUCCUCAACACCAAUAUUAGGGAUAAGUUUAAAGUUUUCCAGAAAUAUAUUGCAGCCGCUGAUGAUGCUAAAACCUUGCUUAGUGAUAGAACUGAAGAUCCAAAUUGGUUUGAAGGAUUAGAGUUAUCUGAGAAGACGAAGGAGCAAUCAAUGUGCAAACGAGCUAAGGAGAGAAUGAGAGGCUAUUAUUAUAAAACUAAAACUGCAUUAAAAUCAUCAGACUUCUACAUACAUUCUAAGAAUGGGCAUGGUAAGCAACUUAUUGAUAAAUUCCUUAUAGAACUACAAAAGAAACUUGAGUCAAACAGUUACAAUGGAAGCUAUUUCAAUAGAAAAGUUCAUAGUAACUAUCGUUUAUGCUCCGAUAGUGGUCUAUUCCAAUGCGGUGGUUUAUGGAAUAUUGAUAAAUGCAGUUACAACGGGGAACACGUUAUCAAUCCGUACCGUAGCCGCGAGGAAAGAAUUAUUUUCCAGACUUGGAAUCUCGAUCAUAAAAUUGAACUGUCACGUUCAAUUAUACCCAGCAUUUUCAAAGCUUUCGAAGCAUUACAACUAGGUAAUUGUUUUUGUAUAAGCUGUGAAGAAAGUCACAGCGAUGGCAACAUUGAUACAGAUAGAUAUUAUCUGCAAAUAUUUACGCGGGAAAAUUUAAAAUUGGUACACAUUGUGUGCCAUUAUAAGGGAAGACAUGAUGCUACGUCAGAUGUCUAUACAGUUUGCAAAACAUGCUCGAAGCAAAGAUUUUAA